AUGAAGUUUUGUGGGCAGGCAGAGAUGCUGGCUGCACCUGUGCCGGGCCGUCACUCAGCCCCUGCCCGGGAGAGACUUUCUACACUGCACGGGAACAAAGGCUUUCAGACAACCCACUUCCCAAGGAGCUCCUGGGCAGGCAAAUUUCAGGAUAUGGAUGAAAAUUAUGAGACAUUUGAAGAGGAUUCACCUCCACAGAGACCAAGUCGACUUAUCCGCAGACCAGAUAUGUAUGCUGCAAGAAAACUCAAGGAGGAAAUGGCUUCAGUACCUUUGCAAAUAAAAGCAGAGCCCAAAGUUUUAGCCAGAGAGACAAGCUUUAAUAGAUCAGCAUCCAUGCCGCAAACUGUCUCCACCCAGAAUGCAAGCCAGCCAGAAGUUCCAUGGGAGAGUGUAACGCUAAACCGCUGUCUGUUCAUAGCAAUUACAAUCCUUGUGCUCACCUCAGGAUUUCAAAGACUUCAUGAAGCUCUGCAUGGUCACAAGGUGACACUUGAUGAAGAGGAGGAUCAAUAUGGGCUAAUUAUGAGAAGAUCGGGGGGACUGCGACAUCAGACAGCGCCUGAGGCAACCUUAUGGGAUGUAAUAUUUUCCUGGCUACCAGACCUUGAUGAUGAUGAUGAUGAUGAUGAUGAUGAUGAUGACGAUGAUGACGAUGAUGAAGUAAGAGUACUAAGGAAAAGGAAACCAAAGAGACGAAGAGUUGUAAAAACUCUGAGUGGUCUUAGGAAUCGACCACUAACAGACAAACUAUUAAAGCACAGAGAUGGCCAAUCAAAAGUCAGACAGGCCAAGAAUUUGGUGGAACAAAAUGAGGAUUUAGGAGAAACAGCACACAAUCAGGAUGACGAUGUGGAAAAUUUGGAGAAAGAAUCAAAGAAAGGCUUAGUAGGCAAAAAAACCCUAAAGGGUAGAAAAUUAAAUAACUGA